AAUAAAGCUAGCACGAGCCGCAUAAACUCACGCUUGCUUCCUGAAGGAAUUUCAUACGCAUUUAAUUAUUCGGUGCCCAUUAUUUUUCUUUUUCGUUUUGUUUUUUAUUAUCGAGCAUCGCUUUCUCUGGCUACUCCCCAAAAUAAAACCCUAGCUUUCGCCCCUAACACCUAAAUUUCAAAAUCGGACGAGAAUGUCGACAGCGGAAGAAGGCGAAGCAGCCGCUAACGCCACCACAUCUUCGUACGGUGGGGGAGGAGCCGGAGGGAAGUUCCGGAAGAAGCCUUUUCGCCAACAGGCGACUCCUUACGACCGACCCCCCACCGCCCUUCGUGGUAACAACACUAAUAGCGACGAUAGUAGCAGCUGGUGGACGAAGCUAUUGGAGCCCGCCUCUAAGGCCAUAUCAUAUGGCGCGGACCGCUUCUUCGGUUCUGUCUUUCGUAGGCGCCUCCCUCCUCCGCCCCCUCCUCAGCCACCAGAGUCAAAUGUUCAAGAGAGUGGCGGGGAUCAAGGGACAGGUUUUAAUAGUCAGAGAGGUGAACAAGAGCCCAAAAGUGGUCAGUGCAGUCAGCCAAUAAAUAGUUCUAGCAGCAAUGGCGUCACUGAGCUUGAGCAUUUGUUGAAGCAAAAGACCUUCACUAGGGCUGAGAUUGCCCAUCUGGCAGAACUUUUGCAAUCACGAGCUGCAGAAGUGUCUCCUGGGGAUGCAAGCCGAAUCAAUGUAGUGUCUGCUUUGGAUUCUGGCAGGCAAAAAGAAUUUGCAAGCGGCAUAUCGGAAGGAAACAUAAAUGAUGGGAUCAGAUCUUCUGCCUUAAUGCUUACUCCUAUUCACAAUUCAAAAGUGCUUGAGAAUGAUAUUGCUUCUCCUGCUGAACUUGCUAAGGCUUACAUGGGAAGUAGGCCUUCACAAGUUUCUCCAUCCUUGUUGGGACUGCGCAACCAACUUGGUAAGGAGGGCACAGGGUUGCUUGCUGAUACAGUGAAUUCCUCUAAGUCGCCUAUUAUGUCACUUGCUAAGAGAAGUUCUGUCAGCAUGAGUGCUUCAGAAAAUGGUUUUAUAACCCCACGAUCUCGAGGCAGGUCAGCUAACUACACCAUGGCUCGCACCCCAUAUUCCAGAGUUCAUCCAACUUCCACACUGAAGGGAAGUGUAAUCAACAGUAGUGGUUUUGCUGGGCCUUCAACAUCAUCUGCAUCUCUUUCUCUACUGGAGAAUGAUGGAAAUUUUGACUCUCGGCUGGGAACCUUAAAGCGUAGAAGUUCAGCCUUGGAUGAUGAAAUUGGCUCUGUUGGUCCUAUGCGCAGAAUCAGACAGAAACCCAAUUUAUUGGCAUCUAAAUUUCAUCACACUACUCAUGGAGUGGGAGUUGGCUCUCAUGCAAAGCAGAAGCCUCAAAUGAAUGGGGAAGAAAGAAAUAAGGUCUUGAAAAAUAGUGGAGAAAAUGAGACUGAGAGUGUCCCAAGUACCAGUUAUGCUCAUGUUCCUUCCAAGUCUAAAGAAGUUGCUGCAAAAAUAUUGCAGCAACUUGAAAAGAUCAGCCCAAAGGAAAAAUCGCCAGAGUCAAAGUUACCAGCAAUGCAGGAGAACUCACCUUCAAAGUUGAUCUUAAGUAGGUUCCCCGGACGGGCUCUUGGGAGCAUGGAUGAUGUGGGUUCUUCAAAGUUGAUAUUGAAUGUACAUGAUGAUCUUAAGUCUGGGAAUCAGACCAAUGACACACUGCCUGAUGUUCACGAGUCUUCUCCCCAAAAGCAUGGGAAAGCAGAAAGGAAUAACCCCAAUGGUUCCUUUAUUCCUUCUGGCAGAUGGACUCCGGUACUGAACAAUGAUUCUGCAGUGUCUUUGAAAGCUUCUACUCCUGGCCUUGGAGCUGGUGCUUCUGUUGUGAAGAAUGGAGCACCCCAACCUCAAAAGAAGAGAGCUUUUAGGAUGAGUGCAGAAGAGGAUCCCUUGGAGCUUGCUGAUGUAGAGUGCAAUGGACUUGCAUCUAGAUCUUUAUCUGAGACAAAUGGACCUUUUGAGUACUCGCACACCAAACUUGCUAGAGAAUCCAACACCACUUUCCAGUCUGAAGAUAAGUCCUCUAUGGGCCUUACAUCCGGGGCAUUUACAUUUGGAAAAGGGACUAGUGUCAUUGCCAUCCCUGCAUCAGCAGAAGGAACAAGAGCUGCUUCACCGUCUCAAAUUUUUCCUUCAUCAGAUCCUGCAUUGGAUAAACCUAAGGAAGCGAAUAGUUCUCAUUUGUUCAGCUUCAGCUCUAAAGCUGCUAAUAAUUCUCCUUCAUUGCCAUCCGAAUCUACCAUAAUGGCUCAAUCUGAACCUGAAAGAUCCAGCAGCUUGGCUGAUAUCUCGACAUCAGUUGUCUCUGAAGUCAGAACUCCCAAUUCGGAGACAGGAUUUCAUAUGAAGCCUGUAAAGGCGGUAGAUGCUAAUGGAAAAUGUGAUGAUGGUUCUUCUGCGGCAUUAAAUGGGCCACUUGUUUCAGGAUCUUCUCCAGUCUCAUUUCCUGCAGCUUGUUCUAGUGAUAUGCAUCGGACAUCCAUGGGUAGUGCUCCUCUGUUUACCUCUUCGACCAGCACUACUAACUUUCUCCCCACAGGCAGCAGCACCAACGCAGCAAUUCCCUCUAGUGGCAACAUUUUUGGUGGGGCAGCGAAAUCUUCAAGUUCAGGUGGACCUGUUUUCAAAUUUGGUUCCGCCGUAGAUCCACCUACGGUGUCAGCAGCACCAACAGCUAGCAUCUCCGAAAGAGCAGACCAGAGACCCAAAAUAAAUCCAAGUUCUGUCAGCUCAAGUAGCGCAUAUUCUACUGUUGCAGCAGCAGCAGCCAGCUCUGGCAAUAGCAUCUUCAAGUUUGGUUCUUUCAGUAAUUCAACUGGAAACAGUCUUCAGACUUCCAUCUUUGCUAGUGCCACUAAAUCUCCACUUUUUGGUGCUGGUACCAUCUCACAAGGCACAUUGGCCGAGUCAGUUCCGGCUGCAUCAGUUCCAGCACUUGAUAUGAAUACUGCCUCUUCUCUUGGUUCAAUGCCCACUCCGAGCUUCAGUUCUGGUUUUAGUUCUUCAACUUCCACAUCAGAGACCACCUCUCUUGUCCCUGCUGGUGGGCCAACAUCGAGUUUACUCAAAUUUGGUGCGACUGCGGCUGCUGUUAGCUCCAGUGCUAGUGCUGCUACUAGCGCAUUUGGUUUUGGUUCAAGUUCAUUUUCUUCAACCGCUACAGCCUGUUCCAGUGGUGGUUCCACAACACCAGUAUUUGGUUUUGUUGGUACCUCAGCUUCUUCUGCACCAAUUAAUACAACUAGCUCUUUCAGCAGUGGCUCAUCUGGUAUAUUCAAUUUUGAUGGGAGUUCUUCGGCUUCCUCCUCCACAUCCAACUCAGUUAGCUCCAUCAGUGCGCCUUCCAAUGUCUUUGGUGGUUGGCAAAGCCAGAAAUCCCCAUUAUUUGGUUCUCCAUCCCCAUCCGCGGGAUUUUCUUUCUCUGCUUCUGCAAAUGCUGCGCUACCCAUGGCUUUCAAUUCAUCCACUGGUGCCUCAUCUGGCCCUGUUUUCUCAUUCAAUACUGCAUCUGCUUCCCCAUCUCUGCCUAAUACUCAGCCUGUGUUCGGUAAUUCGCCAAUUGGUGGUGGUUUUGCAGCCUCUCCUGGGAAUAACGAUCAGAUGAAUGCAGAAGACAGCAUGGCCGAGGAUCCAGUGCCUUCAUCUGCACCUACUCCUGUAUUUGGUCAACCAGCCGUCUCCCCUUCCCCAUUUGGAUCGGUGGCUCCAUCACAAAACAACCCCUUUGUGUUCAACGGCCAGCAAAAUCAAGUCCCUCUACAGAGCCCAUCUCUCUUCCAGGCAUCAGGCAGUCUAGAAUUCAACGCUGGAGGCAGCUUCUCGUUGGGCAGCACAGGAGGCGAAAAGUCAGGUAGGAAGAUUGUUAAAGUUAGUAGAACCAAGAAUCGAAAGAAGUGAAGAUGUACAAUGGUAUUAAUGGGAUGCCUGUUGGUGUGAGGUUAGUAGUUGGAACGUUAUUAUAUCCAGAGCCAAUAUAAUGAGUCUUUCUACAUGGUGCUGCUUUAUUAUGAUAUUUUUUUUUUCUUCUUAGUAGUUUAGCAAAAUUUUGAUAGGCAAAUAGUUGUCAAUUUUGGACAGUUUGUCUGGUGUUGAUGUGAAGAAGGAUUCGGUUGUACGAAUAGUGGUGGUAAUACUUCAUGUGAUGAGCCGUGUAAUUGUGUACUUGACUUGGCUUCUUGUGUGUACCAUAAUGGAAAAAUCUUCAUUCUCA